AUGUUCCUCUCUCCAGCCGGUGGCCCGGGAUCCCAGCCCCUGCUGCUCUGGCUUCUGCUGCUCUUUGCAGCCUGGCAGGCAGGGAGCGGCCAGCUGCGCUACUCGGUCCCCGAGGAAGCCAAACACGGCACGUUCGUGGGCCGCAUCGCGCAGGACCUGGGGCUGCAGCUGGCCGAGCUGGUGCCGCGCCUGUUCCGGGUGGCGUCCAGGGGCGGCGCGGACCUGCUGGAGGUGAAUCUGCAGAAUGGCAUCUUGUUCGUGAAUUCUCGGAUGGACCGUGAGGAGCUGUGCGGGCGCAGCGCGGAGUGCAGCGUGCACCUGGAGGUGCUGGUGGAGCGUCCUCUGCAGGUGUUCCACGUGGAGGUGGAGGUGAGGGACAUCAAUGACAAUGCGCCCGUGUUCUCUGCCAAAGAACAAAAGCUCACAAUUUUCGAGUCUAGGCCUCUUGGCACUCGAAUUCCACUGGAGGGGGCAUGGGAUGCGGACGUGGGGGAGAACGGGAGACUAACUUAUAAUCUCGUUUCCAAUGAGUUUUUCGUCCUUGAUGUUACAAGUAAAAAAGACAAAGGAAAAUUCCCAGUGCUAAUUUUGCACAAAGUGUUGGAUCGUGAAGAAACUCCUGAGCUGAAGCUGCUGCUAACGGCGACUGAUGGAGGCAAACCAGAAUUCACUGGAUCUGUGUUGCUGCUGAUUGCCGUGCUGGAUGCGAAUGACAACGCGCCUACCUGCGACAGCCCUGUGUACGAGGUGAAGAUGCUUGAAAAUGCAGCGAACCAUACACUCCUGAUGCAACUUAACGCUUCUGACGCAGAUGAGGGGAUUAACAAAGAAAUGGUGUUUUCCUUUAGCUCUUUGGUCCUACCCAUCGUAAGAGAAAAGUUUCUAAUAAAUGAAAGGACAGGAGAAAUCAAAGUGAACAAUGUCAUUGACUUUGAGGAAUAUAGUAGCUUUGAAAUUCAUGUAGAUGUUACAGAUAAAGGAAAUCCUCCAAUGGUUGGUCACUGCACAAUCCUCGUGGAAAUUUUGGACGAAAACGAUAGCUCACCAGAGGUGCUGAUCAAGUCUUUGUCAAUUCCGGUGAAAGAGGACGCCCCACUGGGCACAGUCAUCGCCCUCAUCAGCGUGUCCGACCGCGACUCCGGCCCAAACGGACAGGUCACCUGCUCCCUCGAGCCCCACGUGCCCUUCAAGCUGGUGUCCACCUACAAGAACCACUACUCGCUGGUGCUGGACAGCGGCCUGGACCGCGAGAGCGUGUCUGGCUACGACGUGGUGGUGAGAGCGCGCGACGCGGGCUCGCCCCCGCGCUGGGCCAGCGCCAGCGUGCGGGUGGAGGUGGCCGACGUGAACGACAACGCGCCACAGUUCGCGCAGGCCGAGUACACGGUGUUCGUGAAGGAGAACAACGCGCCGGGCUGCCACAUCUUCACGGUGACGGCGCACGACGCGGACGCGCAGGAGAACGCGCGCGUGUCGUACUCGCUGGUGGAGCGUCGCGUGGGCGGGCGCGCGCUGUCGAGCUACGUGUCUGUGCACGGCGAGAGCGGCCGCGUGUACGCGCUGCAGCCGCUGGACCACGAGGAGCUGGAGGUGCUGCGCGUGGAGGUGAGCGCGCGCGACGCGGGCGCGCCGCCGCUGGGCAGCAACGUGACGCUGCAGGUGUUCGUGCUGGACGAGAACGACAACGCGCCCUGGCUGCUGGCGCGCGGCUCGGGCGGGCCUGCGGGGGCGGCGGUGGCUGCGAGCGAGCUGGUGCCGCGGUCGGCGGGCGCGGGCCACGUGGUGACCAAGGUGCGCGCGGUGGACUUGGACGCGGGCUACAACGCGUGGCUGUGGUUCGAGCUGCAGGCGGCGCCUGCGGGCGGCGCGCGCUGCCCGUUCCGCGUGGGCCUGUACACGGGCGAGAUCAGCACGACGCGCGCCCUGGACGAGCUGGACGCUCCGCGGCAGCGGCUGGUGGUGCUGGUGCGGGACCACGGCGAGCCGGCGCUCACGGCCACGGCCACGGUGCUGGUGUCGCUGGUGGACGGCGGUCAGGCGUCGCCGUCGUGGUCGCGGGCAUCGGUGGCGGCUGGCGCCUCGGCCUCGGCCUCGGCCUCGGCCUCGGCGGGCGCGCUGGGUGGUGCGUCGUCGCUGGGGGACGUGAACGUGUACCUGGGGGUGGCGAUCUGCGCGGUGUCGAGCCUGCUGGUGCUGACGCUGUUGGUGUGGGCGGCGGCGCGGUGGUCGUCGGGUGCGGCGUCGGAGGGCGCGUGCGUGUCGGGUCCGGCGGCGGCUGCGGCGGCGGCGCUGGUGUGCUCGAGCGCGGUGGGGAGCUGGUCGUGCUCGCAGCGGAGGCGGCAGCGGGUGUGCUCUGGGGAGGGCCCGCCCAAGGCCGACCUCAUGGCCUUCAGCCCCAGCCUUCCUCCGUGUCCAAUGUCGGAUGUGAAUGUAGCCGAUCAAUUUGCUGAAUUGGACCAUGCUGGAAAGGUGGGUUAUAAAGUUUUUACAUUCAAGUUCUUUCCGAAUAAUUUUUUAUGUUAUUUUUCUAAUAUUUAUGUUACUAUAUUCUAG